AUGAUGUUCCCAUUAAUUAUAAAACGAUAUUCUAAAAUUUUAAAUUGGAAGCAUGAUACAUAUUAUGCAAGUUUGAUGACCAAAUAUGUAUAUUUUGAUGACUUUAUGAGAUUUUGUAAUGACAAUAAAGAAAAUUUCAGUAAAAGGGACAUUAUAGCAUCAUUAACAUAUGUUCACCAUAUGAAAAAGGUGGAUUUACUUUCUCCUUCUUUUAAUGCUUAUAAUGAUUUCAUAUUCAGCAACAUAAACAUAUUUCGAUCAAACAUAAGCACAUUAAUUCAUAGGUAUUCCAUUUUGGGACAUACAAAAUCACUUUUAUUUAUUUAUGAAAAUGUAUUAAAAAACAACAUUUUAAAUUAUGAUAACAAAUCAAUUAGCUUAAUUGCUUGGAGUUAUGCAAAAAACAAUUUUUAUUUAUCGGAACUUUUUAUAGAAAUAAAUAAAAUAUUGCGAGGGUGUAUCAAAACAAUGACACUCCAUGAGUUAUCAUUAAUAGCGUGGGCUUACUCUAAGAUAAACAGAUUGCCACCUUUAGAAAUGAUAUGCUUAAAAAAUAGAAUAUAUCAAUUAGUAAAUUCUUUAGAUGAAGAAUUAGAUAAUUCUGAAAAAAAUUGUGAAAUAAAAAACAAUAAUAUAUAUGAUAUAACAAUGAAUAUAAAGGAAAAGGCUAAUGAAUGUGACACCAAAAAUAUUCUCAAUGAGUUACAAAAUACAGAAAAUAGUACUUAUAAUAUUAAUGAAGAACUUAACGAAAGUAAAGAAUUUAAUUCACAAAAUCAAAUUUUAGAAAAUACCGAUGAAAAUACAAAUGAUAAUAAAAUAGAUAUAUAUGGCUGCAGAAAAAAUUUAGCUCAAGACAUUUGCAUGAUUAUGAAAUCGUAUGCAAUUUUAAAUAAGUCAGAUUCUUUUUUCUUUUUAUUCUUGUUUAAUUUUAUUAUAAAAAAUAUAAAAAAUAACAAAAUGACAGUGACAGCUCAAGGAAUAAUAAGUAUUUGGGUAUGCUUAAGAGAAUAUGAAAUAAAAAAUAAAAAAAUAAUAGAUUGUGCAUUAGAACUGUCACGAUUUUUAAGACUUGACCACACUGUAAAUAGUUCUAUGAUGCAUGAAAUUGUUACUAGUAUACAUAAAUUAAAAAUAAAAGAUAGGAGAAUUUUAUACCAUUUGUUUGUUCAUUUAAAAAAAAAAUGUAUAAAUAUGCAUACUCAGCAUUUAUAUGAUGUUAUAAUAAGCUUACAUGACAUGAAAAUUAAUGACGAUGAUUUAUGGAAACAAUUUGGGGUAGCAAUACAAAAAAAGGCAAUUGACUUAGAACUAACACAAAUAAAGAAAUUACAAAAUAUUUUUACUACCAAUGGAAAAAAAAACGAUAGAAUUUUAGGAGUUCUUGAUGCAUUUAUCCAAAUAAAAGAAGACAUUAAUUCAUAUGGCCCAAUUUAA